UUGCUGUUUAGAAACACUUCAUGUCUUUGUGCUGUCUGCUAACUAAUUUGAAGUUUUGAACGGAGUUAUCAAAAUAUUAAAAUAUCUAACCUUUUUGUUUCUUAUUUGUGUUUAUCAUUAUGGCUGAAAACAAUUUCGUGUUGUUCAAGCGGGAUGACCAAAAUCAAGACUCUAACGAGGAUGCAUGGGAUGAUACGGCAUUAAUACAAGCAUACGAUCGAGCAGUCAACUUAGCAAAGGAGAAGGUAGCCUCUCAAUUGAGUCUCGAAGAGGAAGCCCCAGAAAGCACUUCAUCUGAUGUUCCAGAAGAAGAACAAGCUGUAUCACCAUCAAAAGCGUCAAAGAAGGAAAGUUGGAAAGUUGGAGACCAUGUUCGUUCAGUUUACUCUGAGGAUGGUGUUGAAUAUGAAGCCAUCAUCAAGAAAAUCAAGCAGCCUAAUUCAACAUGUCUCGUCAGAUAUCUUGGCUAUGACAAUGAGGAAGUUGUAUUCAUCAAGGAUUUGAAACCUUCAUCUGGUCUUGCUGCUAGAAAUCAACAAAUUGUUGCUGCUGGUGAAGUUGCACCUGAAAGUUCCAGUGACAUGGAAUGUGAAGGAUUUCAGUCUCCCUCUAAGCCUGUACCUAUUGCUGGAUUGGAUUGGCAACCUGUCAGACCAGAACCUCUGAUACCAAAUUUCUCUGUGCCAAAUCACAGCUUGUCUUCCAUUCCACCACCUCCACCUCCAAGUGCCUGGCCCGCUCAUGGUACUGCAGAAAUGGAUUCAGAUUCUCUCUACUCCAUGCUGAUGUCCUGGUACAUGGCUGGCUACCACACAGGAUAUUACCAAGGGGUCCAGCAAAGGAACAAAAGAAAAGCAAACAAUACUGGUACAUCAUGAAUUGUAAAAUAAGGAGGUAAAAUACAAUGCGUAUUUGCGUAUCGAA